AUGGUGCAAGCUGUAGGCCGCGCGUUCGAUGUGCUUGUGAUAACUGCACUCCUGACGCUAUUCGUCGAUCAAGUGUCUUCUAGGCUGUGCAAUGGGGGGCAUGUCUGCUCUCCUCCAAAAGAGUGCUGUUCCUUUGGCUGUUGUUACAGUGUAUUUCAACUGCACUCUGCAUCAGACAUGUUUAAUUUCUUGAUUUGGACUUAUUGGUACUUAUGGGCAGCGGUGCUUGUUGGAUUAGCUAUAGCAGCAGCAUGUGGUUGCUGGUUAUGGAAACGUCAUCAUUCAUUCCGUCAUCGUUCAUGGUCACCAGAAAUAGUAGAAGACUUUACCUCUUCUGACAGAGGGUCGUCAGAAUCCUGGUACUCGCCACCUCGUUAUAGUCGUUCUGGUUCCUUUGUUCAAGCAUUACCACCUCCAUACAAUGAGGUUACAGCGAAACCAAACUUAUAUCCACUGGUAAUUGGAUAUGAUGAAGGAUCUGGCAAAGGAACUUCAGGAUUUGUAAUGCGCUAUUUCAGAUCGCUCUCACACGCGAGCACCUUAGAUUCCUUAGGCUCAAGUUUUAUGUGUAAUAUGGUGAAUGAAGCAAACACCAUAAUUCCACCACCGUACUCGUGUAAUGAUAGCGUUGACGAGCUAUCUGCAGUGGAAUGUGCAAGAAUGGAAAGUAUGGAUGUUGGAUCUGUUGUUUCAUUGGCUAAUCAUAGGACUACCUCUGACAUAUCGAGUUUAGCUGCUCAAUCUCCGUGUUCACCACCUCGGGCUACUAGUCCAACGAUAGAGUUACGUGAAUUGUUAGACAAGAUUCAACAAUUACCACAGCUACCUAGUGGGCACAGUACCGUUUUAUCUUGUUAUCAGAAUCGACCUCAAGUUUUGUGUACGACGAAUGCAAAUGGUUCUACGCAACGGCCUCUAAGUCCAGGAGAUGUUGGCUCUUAUAAAGCCAGAAGAACGCGAGGGAAGAUGUAUAUGCCAUUAGGACUUCCAAGUUCGAAGAAUAAAACGAGACGAUGGUUGUCGCGAUCAGCACCGACGACACCGUCAGGCACGAUACCAAUGUCUUUUUUGCCCGGGCAAAGUAGACGACCUUCUGAGACAGAUAAUAACAGUCGUCAAGUGGUUCCACUUCUCUCGGAGCAAGAUGAAACGGAGAACAAUAAUGUGGAUCAGUUGAACGACAUUUCACUGUUAUCCGAGCAAGAAGAAGACCAACAGGAAACAUGA